CACUGUGGAAGCUGGCAUCUCCUUUGAAAUAUCUGGUUAUUUUGACGCAGUUAUAGGAAUUACUAAUAUUGCCACUCCAGUCCAUGUCGAAGCGUUUGCUCAGAUGUUAUUCAGAAUCCGCGACUGCCCAUUACGUAUAGUUUCACUUUAUCAUAGCAAAAAAUUUGACAUUUUCAAAGAGCCAUGCCGGGAACUCAUUCGGGCUGAACUUUCAGCAUUAAGACCUGGAGACUUGCCAACAAUAAUAAAAGGCCAGCGUGCAUGGGAUAAAAUUGCUGAUUGUUAUGCGCUUAAUUUAUCUCCAGCAGUGGAAACCUAUAUCGAAGUUGAAUAUCAGAGACGCUUAUCAGCUAAAUACUUUCCUGAAAUUCUUUGCAGUCUCAUUGCUAGUACUGGAGUAACUCUUGAAUUAAUUUCAGUGGAAGAUACUGAAAAAGUUAACAGGAAUAAAAUUUCUUAUACUAUUAAGGAGAUUGAGAAAGCGAUUAAAGUCUCUGAUAUAGAAUCAAUAGCCAACGCUCCGGAUAUUAGUCCCAAUGAAGCUGAGAUUCUUAAGCAAAAUCCUGUACGCUCUUUUGCUGAUAACAUGACUCUACAACGUCAUUAUUUGUGGAAAAUAUAUGCCUCAG